AUGGCAGUUGCAGCCUCGGUUGAGGCAGUUCAUUACCUUAAGACCUUCCAAUCAAUCGCGUUAUCAGUUCAAGAGCUCGUCGACUGCAACAUAGAGAACCAUGGGUGUAAUGGUGGUGACUAUUUGUAUGCUUUCCGUUACGUACGGCAAAACGGACUAUUGGCAGAGUCUUCCUACCCAUACAAGGCCCGGAAGAGUAUAUGUCGCAAAUUGGACAAAAAGUCAGCGGCAAGGAUAUCAGGCUUCCGGUAUAUCCGCCCAACUGAGGAUGAUCUGGAGAAAGCGGUAGCGAAGCGGCCGGUGAUCGUCACUGUGCAAGGUGAUCCUUUGCAGGACUACAGAGGAGGCAUCAUGGAUUGUAAAUUUGAUAGGAGGCUUACCGGCUGGCAUGCUGUCCUGGUGGUCGGUUAUGGCACGGACUCCUACGGUGUCAAGUACUGGCGCAUCAAGAAUUCAUGGGGGAAACAUUGGGGCGAGGGGGGAUAUGCGAGGAUCCGAAGACACGUUGCCGACAAGAGAGGUGUGUUGGGAAUUUUCAUGUUCGAACCAGUAUAUCCCGUGCUGACGACCUAA